AUGCAGCCGGCAGAUGUGGCUCGCUCACUGAGCGCGCAAUGGCCCUGCCGUCAAUCACAGGCGAAGCAGCUUGCAAGUUUACUGCAUCCGCGCAUCCCUAGUGCUCCAACGCUGGUGGUACAUGGUGUGUCUGCGACUUGCAAAAGCACCAUUCUUCGUGGGGUGCUCCAAACACUGGAGGUGCCGCACGCCUUUGUCCGCAGCUCCGAAUGUAUCACGGCGCGACACCUACUCACCAAAAUUCUCUGGAACACGCUUGACGCGCUCGGUCAGAGAGACAAAUGGGAGCAAUAUGGAAAAGGCCGUUGUGAGCAUGUCAGCAUGCUUGCUGUCCUUCUUGAGGAGUGUCUUGCGGCGCGAGAUGAGAACAAACGCGGGAAAUUUGUCUUGGUGCUGGAUGAGAUUGAUCGACAGCGAGAGGCGCCUCCGACGCUCUUAUCCGCACUGGCGCGCCUGGGAGACAUUGUCCCUUCGCUUUCAGUCGUCCUCGUUUUGAGCUCUUCACCUCGACCACUUUUCCUACAGAAUGCCGCGGUUCCACAUAUUCACUUUCCACCAUAUACCCGCAAAGAGGCAAUUGACAUCAUGUUGUCGUUCCCGACGCCUGUCAUUGAAAACCUGCCAGACGACGUUACGACGCGGGUUUACCCACACUUUGUGGCCACAGUUUACGACACCCUUGUCGGUCCAACGGCCGGCUCGAUUCCAACAUAUCGAUCAAUUUGUCAACGACUCUGGUCUUCAUUUGUGGCGCCUGUGGUCCAAGGCGAAGCUCCCCCCGGUGGCAACGCUGAAUGGGACUUUACAAGGCUGCUGGUCAGGAACAGAGCUCUUUUCCGUCACCAGGGAGAAGCCGCAUUAGUGCAUCGAAUCGUCACCGAGGAUGCUUCACCCUCGGUCUCGGCUCCUGCGUCAAGUCUCACCCUGCAAAAGCCCUCAACGAUAUCAGCGGCUGCGUCCGCUCUCCCUCAUCUACCUUACUUCUCUACGUUAAUCCUCACAUCGGCCUAUCUGGCCUCUCACACCCCGCAGCGCUUAGAUACCAUCUUUUUCUCCAAAUUCUCGUCAAGCUCACUAUCUGCCCGAAACAAGCGCGCUCAUCAUCGCCGACGGCUCAAAGUCCUCUCCCAAGCUCAGGCCGAGGACCGGGCCGCUGCAGCUGACGACCCAUCGACCCCACGCAAAGGCAAGCGCACCAAGACGCGAAUCACCAAAUCCACACUUUCCUCGGCCUUUGCAACAUCGUCAGCCACCACAUCAGCCGUGUGUGGUGCUGCAGGUAUCACGGGCCCGUCCACCAUUCUAUCAGCUCGUCCGUUUCCCCUCGAGCGUCUACUGGCAAUCUAUCACGCUGUGGACCCCAAUCCGCCCGAGAACCCGAUCAACACGCCUGCUGUGGCUGAUCAGAUUUAUGCGGAAUUGGCGACUCUUCGCCGUCUGCGUCUCGUUGUCCCCGCCUCUGGACAUGUUGGUUUUGCGAGUACGGGACCGGGGAAUACCAGUGCGGAUGCUGGAGAGAAAUGGUGUGUGAAUGUUUCGGGAGACUGGAUUGGAGAGCUGGCCAAGGGUAUUGGUGUCGAAGUCGGCGAGUGGCUUGCUGGUGGUCUGGAUUGA